CUUCGUGUUGCAUGUUUGACGAUGUUCUCGAAAAGCAGGCCAGAAGCUAGCGAAGCAGGUGUAGCCUUGCCUUGUCGGCCAGACCAAGCCAGACCGGGCAAGGCUUCCCAAUCAGGGUCCAGGUCCAGGGUUGUCAGGAUGAGCUCGGAUCGGGCCACGGGAGAUGACGUUGGCUUGCACAGCACGUACGUACCUGAGCCUGUGAGGGUGACGGCGGAAUGUGGCACGACUUGCGUCAAUUGCUGCGACUUGAUUAAACUUGGAUACGUACAGGCCCCUUUCCGGGGAUCAGCGGCACCGCCAGGGACCGACCAUUCCAACUGCAACCCUCUUUCUGAAGCGACUGGAGCAAGGCGAGCAAUUGGCAAUGGGCGUCAGACAAAGUGACGUCGGGCUCCAAUGGCUGGCGCUAGUGAAGAGAGGCAGGCAACCAGGCAGGCAGGCAGCCUGUCGCUGCCCGUCUUAGCGUGGGCUCCAGGUCGCCAGGGGGUUCCUUACCUUAAUAGCCUGAUGAGUGAAGGUCCAGAAGAGAAUGGAGGCAUGGGCAAAGAAAAGCUGCAAUCGGCCAGGGAUCUGCCAUAUCAGACUGAGACGGCGCUAUCCAUUCAGUUCUGGAACUGGGCGAGGACCCAACUUCUCGACUCCGUCUCCCCUUGGGCUGGCAUUUCGUCUUCCCUCUCAAAUUGUCUGCGAACUCCCUCGUGUUUCUUCCUACCUACUUUUCCUCCUGUCCACCAGUCGAGUCGAGUCAUUCGUGAACCAUGCUGGACCAGCAGCGCCUCUGAAGUCAUCGCCCGUCGCCCGACUCAUCUACAUCAUCGUCACCUCCACGACCCGAGUCUCUCCCUACCUUACCCUACGACAGUUUCCAGUCGACACCACUCCUUUCACAGAGGCAAGUCUUCAAGCAGUGCUCGUGUUCAGCGGGCUACGUACAUAACCACAACCCCACCGUUGGAUUGGCUCCAUCCGACUGGACUUUCUUUGGGCUGCGCUGGUCCGUGUGGUCCCCUCGUGCAUACGCACUGCUGCAGCGCCAUCGCAUGAGCAGCAGAUCACCAAAAGUAUUCGCCAUCCGAGACAUCGAUUAAGAAAACCCACGAUUUGGGUACUGCCAAGCGCUCUGGGCACCUGUCGAGACAACGUACGCGUGGCGGCUGGUACAAAA